UUUUGUGUGGAGACUUUUGGACCUCAAAUUUUGUUUGGUUACCAAUCACGCACCUUGAAAAUCUUCCCUUCAGCGCCUUCGUUUUUGGAAUACCAAAUUUUCUCUCUUUCUUUCUCUCUGUUCCUCAACUUCUAGCUAUUCUCAAAAGUUCAUGAAUCUUUGACUUGGACUCGCUAAAUCUUUCAGUUUUCUUCGAUACAGAAUCUUGGCAUUCUCAUUUGGGUAUCUCUUAGUUUCUUGAAUUACAACUACAAAGACUCUGUCUUGCACAUUCUUUUUGAUCUGGGUAUAAGGGUGUUUCUUUUGUUUUUUGUUCCAAGCUUAGAGCUUGAGAGAGAGAGAGAGAGAGAGAGAGAGAGAGGAUGGUGGGGGCUUUAUCUGUUGUGGGUUCGUCUGUGGUGGACUCGCAUAGUUGUCCAUGUCUGUGUUUGGAUGCACUUCCUACAACCAAUAUGAAUCUGAAAAGUGGUGGAGAUCUGGUUUUGCAGAGGAAUUAUAACAGUUCAAUGGGGAAGAAGCAUAUCGUGAAGCCUGCUGGGUCUUUGGAGUUGAGCAGUUCCUUCAUUGAUUCAGGACAUGAUAGGCGGCUCUCAGUCAAAGCUCUUCCUCGUAUUGCCAGUCGAAGUUUGAGGAAGCAGAGAAAGAAUCGGAGGCUUAAGAUUGUCAAUGAAUUUGCUGGGCAGUAUGAAGACAGCUUUGACGAUGUGAAAACUCAAAUACUAAACUAUUUUACAUACAAGGCUGUGCGGACUGUUAUGAACCAGUUGUAUGAGAUGAACCCCACACAAUAUAGGUGGUUCUAUGAGUUUGUUGUAUCAAACAAGCCUGGAGAUGGGAAGCGAUUCCUCCGCACCCUUGGGAAGGAGAAGCACGAACUUGCUGAAAGAGUGAUGGUCACACGGCUUCAUCUCUAUGGUAAAUGGGUCAAGAAAUGUGAUCAUGCUGCAAUAUAUAAAGAGAUAUCCGAUGAGAACUUGGAGUUGAUGCGUGAACGGCUUAUUCAGACUGUGAUAUGGCCCUCCGAUGACACAAACACUGAAAAGAUUGGAUAAUAACUUGUAACUUUUCAUCUUAUACUUCGAUUCUUCUUUCCACUUUCUUGUUCUAAAUAGUCUAGGAUUCUUUUCCUCUUUCUGCUUAUUAUAUACAUAAACCAGUUUGGCUCCCCAAACUGCCAUUUUAUUUGUAUUAUUUUCCACCAACUAAUAGAAACGUUGUCAGGGUAUUAUAUCCUGUAAAUUGUAUAUAAAAAGGUUCCCAACUUUUUUAUGUAA